CGGAGGUUUACAAACUCGAGCCUUUCCUACUUCCUCCUCCUCGUCCCCCCUCCUUUUCUUCUGUCGUGCGCCUCUCCCUUCUACAAAAAAUUGCAAGGAGGCAGAGACAAAGAGGAACCGGAUUCACACAAUGGCGCCCCCUCAAACCGGCCUGGCCGCUCAACUCCCCCAGCGGCUAAUCAACUUCUUCGCCCGCUAUCCUCCGCAAAUGUACUCCGUCUCCGUACGCCCUCCUAUCACCAUUCCGCCUCCGCCUGCUCUUCUUGCUCGUACUACUGCUGCUAAGGCAACCGCUGAAACGACAAGCACGACGACGACGACCACCACCACCACCACAACGACCAACAGCGACACGCCUACCGCCGCUAUCGACGAAUCCCUGCUCCCGUCCCCAUACACUCCGAACCGCGAGGCCAAGGGCUACAAGGCGCCGGACCACUCGUACUCAAACGCCCUCUUGUGGAAGGGUCCCGAGGGCCGUGCCAACCCGUUCCUGCCGCAACCCCCCGCGGAAGGCAUAAAAGGACGAUGGGUCGGGGCGCGGAUUGGGCUGCGCCGGCAGGCGGAGCUGGUGAAGCUGGCCCGUAAGUACGGCGUCGAGGAGCUGCUGCCCCCGAGUCCCAAGAUGGCCGAGUACAAGGAGGCGCGCCGCGCCGAGAACCAGGGUCUGGCCAUCAAGGGUACCGGUGUCGGGCAGAAGGUCAAGGGUCACAAGUGGGAGCGCACCAUGGAGGCGCGCCUGGAGGACCGGCGCAAGGCCAUGCUGGAGAUGCCGGAGAUGAUUCGCUUGUGGAAGCAGAGAGGUCAUGGUCGUGGUUGGAAGAAGUGGCCCAAGCGCUCAGGAUAUUAGGUGGGUCGAUUGGGUCUUGUGUCUGCAAUGGGGCAAGGGUUGGGGGCUUCAUGGGAGAUGGAAUUCAUGUCGAAAUCACUACUACAUGGCACCAAACUCUCUCCUUGGGUGAGGUUUGAUGGAUUCUCAUCAUCCCCAUCGUUAUCGUCAUCAUGUUCUCGAACGGGAGUUAUCUGUUUCUAUUAGGUAGUGUACAAAUAGUUAUAUUGUUCUAUAUCAAGUCAUGCAUUCAAGUGCCCUG